CCCGGGCGAGGCUGCCAAGGCUCCCCCGCUGCCGCCGCGCUCGGCUUGGCCCGGCGCCGGCAAGCCAGAGGAGGAGGAAGGCUAGAGAAUUUUAUUCUGUUGGAGAAUAUAACCCUGAUGGUUGCUUGCACAGAGGGGAAAAAGCAGAGAGGAAUACGGGAAUCGUCCUGUGCAAUCUCUAUUGUUUGAAACUUACUUUAUAUCAGAAAUUGAAGAUGAAAACGGAAAAGAAAUGGAGCAAGUUCAGUAACUAUCCAAUCUAACAUCUGUCUCAUAUCUUAAGGAAUCUUACAAAUACUUGCUUUGAAUUGAGAACAUGACUGCAGCUAUAGAAGAAAGUACCUGUCCAGAAAAUGGAACAUCCUGUAGUUAAUUUGAAAAUAGUGUAAAAUAAUUAUACCUGUUAUGGUGCGAUUCUGGAGUGAAGUUAACUCUAUAGCACACAGGUAGCUCUCCAAGGAGAAAGAAAAAAGAACUUUCUGUUUUUUCUAAAUUAUGGAAAUUUUUUGGAAGACGUGGACAUGGAUUUUGAGCCUAGUCAUGGUUUCAUCGGAAUUUCACAGUAACAACAGGCUUUCAUACAGUUCUCAAGAGGAAUUCCUGUCUUACCUUGAACACUACCAACUAACAAUCCCAAUAAGGGUUGAUCAAAAUGGAGCCUUCCUCAGCUUUACUGUGAAAAAUCCUAAACCCUCAAGAAGGAGGAGGAGCACAGACCCUUAUGACCAAGAACUGGCAGCAUCUAAAUUAUUUUUUAAACUUUCUGCCUAUGGCAAGCACUUUCAUUUAAACCUGACUCUCAACACAGAUUUGGUGUCCAGACAUUUUACAGUAGAGUACUGGGGGAAAGAUGGACCGCAAUGGAAGCAUGAUUUCUUAGACCACUGUCAUUACACAGGAUAUUUGCAAGACCAACACAGUACAUCUAAAGUGGCCUUAAGCAACUGCAAUGGUCUGCAUGGAGUCAUUGCUACAGAAGAUGAUGAGUAUUUUAUUGAGCCUUUAAGAAAUAUAACAGAAGAUUCUAGUAACUAUAGUUACGAGAAUGGUCAUCCUCAUGUUAUAUACAAAAAAUCUACCAUGCACCAGCAACACCUCUAUGAUCACAGUCACUGUGGAGUCUCAGACCUCACAAGAAGCAGCAAACCUUGGUGGAUGAAUGAUGCAUCUGCUUUUCCAGCUUCACUUCCAGUCAAUGACACACUAAGUAGUCGUAGUCGACAGAAGAGAUCUGUAAGCCUUGAACGGUUUGUGGAAACGCUGGUAGUAGCAGACAAAAUGAUGGUGGGAUACCAUGGGCGCAAAGACAUUGAACACUACAUUUUGAGUGUAAUGAAUAUUGUUGCCAAACUUUAUCGUGAUUCCAGUCUAGGAAACGUUGUGAAUAUAAUAGUGACACGUUUGAUUGUCCUCACUGAAGAUCAGCCAAACUUGGAGAUAAACCACCAUGCAGACAAGUCCCUCGAUAGCUUCUGUAAGUGGCAGAAAUCCAUUCUCUCCCACCAAAGUGAUGGAAACACCAUUCCAGAAAAUGGGAUUGCCCACCAUGAUAAUGCGGUUCUUAUUACUAGAUAUGAUAUCUGCACUUAUAAAAACAAGCCUUGUGGAACACUGGGCUUGGCCUCUGUGGCUGGAAUGUGUGAGCCUGAAAGGAGCUGCAGCAUUAAUGAAGACAUUGGCCUAGGUUCAGCUUUUACCAUUGCACAUGAGAUUGGUCACAAUUCGGGCCGUGGUACUUGCCUUGAUAAUGAGCCUCCCAAGCGUGACUUUCUUUAUCCAGCUGUGGCCCCAGGUCAGGUGUAUGAUGCUGAUGAACAGUGUCGCUUCCAGUAUGGAGCAACAUCCCGCCAAUGUAAAUAUGGGGAAGUGUGUAGAGAGCUCUGGUGCCUCAGCAAAAGUAACCGCUGUGUUACCAACAGCAUUCCAGCAGCAGAAGGUACUCUUUGCCAAACAGGGAGCAUUGAAAAGGGGUGGUGUUAUCAGGGAGAGUGCGUACCUUUUGGCACUUGGCCCCAGAGCGUAGAUGGGGGUUGGGGUCCGUGGUCAAUAUGGGGAGAGUGCAGCAGGACCUGCGGGGGAGGAGUCUCCUCAUCUAUAAGACACUGUGACAGUCCAGCGCCUUCAGGUGGAGGCAAAUAUUGUCUUGGAGAAAGGAAGCGUUAUCGCUCCUGUAAUACCGAUCCGUGUCCUUCAGGGGCUCGUGAUUUUAGAGAGAAGCAAUGUGCGGAUUUUGACAAUAUGCCUUUUCGGGGAAAGUAUUAUAACUGGAAACCCUACACUGGAGGUGGGGUUAAACCGUGCGCAUUAAACUGCUUGGCUGAAGGGUAUAAUUUUUACACUGAACGUGCUCCUGCAGUAAUAGAUGGGACUCAGUGCAAUGCUGAUUCACUGGAUAUCUGUAUCAAUGGAGAAUGCAAGCAUGUAGGUUGUGAUAAUAUUUUGGGGUCUGAUGCUAAGGAAGACAGAUGCCGUGUUUGUGGAGGAGAUGGGAGUACAUGUGAAGCCAUUGAAGGUUUCUUCAAUGAUUCAUUGCCCAGAGGAGGAUAUAUGGAAGUGAUUCAAAUUCCAAGAGGUUCUGUGCACAUUGAAAUAAGAGAAGUGGCAAUGUCAAAGAACUACAUUGCUUUAAAAUCUGAAGAGGAUGACUACUAUAUUAAUGGAGCCUGGACUAUUGACUGGCCAAGAAAGUUUGAUGUUGCUGGAACAGCUUUCCAUUACAAGAGGCCAACAGAUGAACCAGAGUCUUUGGAAGCACUAGGCCCUACUUCAGAAAACCUCAUAGUCAUGAUUCUACUGCAGGAACAGAAUUUGGGGAUAAAGUAUAAAUUCAAUGUUCCGAUCUCUCGCACUGGCAGUGGAGACAAUGAGGUUGGCUUUGCAUGGAAUCAUCUGCCUUGGUCAGAGUGUUCUGCCACUUGUGCAGGAGGUGUCCAGAAACAAGAGGUGGUGUGUAAAAGGCUGGAUGACAGCUCCAUUGUACAAAACAAUUACUGUGACCCUGACAGUAAGCCUCCAGAAAACCAAAGAGCCUGCAACACUGAGCCUUGCCCACCUGAAUGGUUUAUAGGAGAUUGGUCAGAGUGCAGUAAGACCUGUGAUGGAGGAAUGCGUUCACGAACAGUUCUCUGCAUCAGAAAGAUUGGGCCUUCUGAGGAGGAGACGCUGGAUGCUGCCAGCUGUUUAACACACCGGCCUCUUGAAAAAGAGCCCUGCAACAAUCAGUCCUGCCCCCCACAGUGGGUUGCUCUGGACUGGUCAGAGUGCACACCAAAGUGUGGCCCAGGAUUCAAACAUCGAAUUGUUCUGUGCAAAAGCAGUGAUCUUUUAAAAACCUUUCCAGCUGCACAAUGCCAAGAUGAAAACAAGCCGCCAGCACGCAUCCGCUGUAGCUUAGGCCGAUGUCCUCCUCCUCGCUGGGUUGCUGGAGACUGGGGACAGUGUUCUGCACAGUGUGGUCUUGGGCAACAGAUGAGAACAGUACAGUGCCUCUCGUAUACUGGACAAGCAUCCAGUGAGUGUCCGGAAACUCUCAGACCUCCGUCGAUGCAGCAGUGUGAAAGUAAAUGUGACAGUACUCCCAUUUCCAACACAGAGGAGUGCAAAGAUGUGAACAAAGUGGCAUAUUGCCCACUGGUGCUGAAGUUCAAGUUCUGCAGUCGAGCAUACUUCAGACAGAUGUGCUGCAAGACCUGCCAAGGACACUGACCCACAGGAAGCAGAAGAAUGUGCCUUGUUACUAUCAUUGUGGAAGAGUGUCCAUCGGAGAGAGCCACACAGUGGAAUGAGAUUGACGUCCUUGCAAAUGCAUUACCCUGUGGAAAACAUAACCACUGGUCAGCCCCAGCUGACAGGAUUUCAAUAUUAUUUUAACUUCUGUGAAGUGGGAUUUAUUAAUCCAAAGUGCUGGACACAGUAUGAGGGGAUCCCAAAUUUAAAAGAUAGACACAACACAUAUAGAAUAGCUUACUGUGGAACAUUUGUGUUCUUUUGACUAAAUCCAAUAGUCUGUUUACAUCCAUGGACCAUUAAAAUAACUUCUAUUAUGGACUUAGCAAUGACACUGAAUCCAUUUCUAUUUAAAACUGUUUAAAAUGUAGUUCUUAUGAGUUGGUCUACUAUGGAAGUAAAGAAGAAUAAAAAAAAGUUAAGUCAUCGCUUAAAAAUCUUAACUAUUUUAUCUCUUGACACAGCACCACAAUUUAAAUUAUAAAAUGAGCUUGGAAAUGUUAUUUAAGGAGCAAAAAUUUU